CACAUAAACAAUAUGGCUGUUUGGCUUUACGUGUACAUAUACUCACUCGAUACUCACUCGUCACUGAGCGGCAUAGCGGCUUUUAGCUUUUAGCCAGUGUGUUCAUGUUAAUGGCAAUUCAUAGCAUAAGUUGACUUCAAGUUAUUUUGAAAUUUAAUUAAUUUUUAAAUAAUCUGCUGUUGUUUUAAUUAAAAAGUUUAGUUGUGACAUAAGAUCUCACAAACAUGGUCAAAUUAACUACAGAAUUGAUACAACAAUCGAUGCAGUAUAUAAAUCCUGUACGAGACAGAGAAUUAGACCUUCGAGGUUAUAAGAUACCAACAAUUGAAAAUUUGGGAGCUACACUCGAUCAAUUUGAUACAAUAGAUUUUUCGGAUAACGAUAUCAGAAAAUUAGAUGGCUUUCCAUUCUUGAAAAGAAUCAAAACAUUAUUUUUUAACAAUAACAGAAUUGUUAGAAUCUCUGAAGGCUUAGAAAAUUACAUACCCAAUUUAGAAAUGUUAAUACUUACUGGAAAUAUGAUACAAGAAUUAGGUGAUCUGGAUCCUUUGAUUCCUCUAAAAAAUCUUCAGCAUUUGUGUCUCUUACAAAAUCCAGUAUCAGCUAAACCACAGUACCGACAAUACAUAAUAUACAGAUUUCCACAACUUCGUGUACUGGAUUGUCGAAAAAUCAAGAUGAAAGAUAGAGAAGAGGCUGUUGAAUACUUCCAAAGUAAACGAGGCAAAGAGAUGGCACGAGAAAUAGCUAAAAAGGCUAAAAUGCAAGCAGCUACGGGCAAUUCUGAUAAACCAUUAAUGAGUACUGCUGAGAAAAAUAAAAUUAAAAACGCUAUCUCCAAUGCAACAUCAUUAGAUGAAGUAAAACGACUAGGCAAACUCCUUCAAUCUGGUAACUUCCCUACGGAAGAACAUCAACAAAACGGAACCAACGGCAAUACUGAAGCUAUGCAAGAGGAUGAUUAAGUAUGAAAUUUGAGUUAUAAUUAUUCUAUAGCAAGAUAAAACAAAAAUUUGAAAUUGCCA